UCCCUGCAGUAGUUUGUGUCUCUGCCCCUCCCACAAUGGGGAGAUUUCCAUGCAAUAGUUUGUCUCUGCUUCUCCCACAAUGGGGAGAUCUCCCUGCAGUAGUUUGUGUCUCUGCCCCUCCCACAAUGGGGAGAUUUCCCUGCAGUAGUUUAUGUCUCUGCCCCUCCCACAAUGGGGAGAUUUCCCUGCAGUAGUUUUGUGUCUCUGCCCCUCCCACAAUGGGGAGAUUUCCCUGCAGUAGUUUAUGUCUCUGCCCCUUCCACAAUGGGGAGAUUUCCCUGCAGUAGUUUGUGUCUCUGCCCCUCCCACAAUGGGGAGAUUUCCCUGCCGUAGUUUUUGU